CUUUACAUGGCUUCUCAACCUCCCUUUGAGUCAAAUUUCUCUUCGAUUUUCGGAAGCUCAUUUCCAAGAUCAACCACUAGUGAUGAUAACAAUAUUGGCAAACCAAUCAUUCAUACCACACGAGUAAAGCUCCCGGUGAUCGAUCUCAGCCAUCUAACUAAUGGCGAGGAGGCCAAGCGCAAAAGAUGUGUGAAACAAAUGGUUGAGGCAGCUAAAGAGUGGGGGUUCUUUCAAAUUGUGAACCAUGGAAUCCCCAAAGAGGUCUUUGAGAUGAUGUUUCUCGAAGAGAAGAAACUCUUUGACCGAUCCUUCUCUGAGAAAGUCGGAGCAAAAUUCUUGAACUUAUCCAAGAAUUGUUACCGGUGGGGAAACCCUAACGCCACUUCCCCCGCUCAGUACUCCUUGUCGGAGGCGUUUCACAUCACUCUUGCAGAGAUCUCGAGUUUUUCUGAUGAUCGCAACAACCUCAGAACAACCGUUCGAAUGUAUGUGGAAGAGAUAGCUCGAGUGGCACAAAUGAUAUGCGAAAUACUAGGGAAUCAAGUGAACGUGAACUCGAAGUAUUUCGAAAACAUUUGGGUACUGAAAAACAGUUUUCUAAGGCUUAACAAGUAUCAUCCUCGUGUUACUGGUUCGGAAGUGUUUGGUUUGGUUCCUCAUACCGAUUCAAGUUUCAUCACUAUACUCUCUCAAGAUCAAAUCGGAGGUUUGGAAUUGAAAAAAAAUGGACAAUGGAUUGGCGUAAAACCAUGCUCGGAGGCUCUUACUGUGAACAUCGGUGAUAUGUUUCAGGCACUGAGUAAUGGAGUGUACCAGAGCGUGAGGCAUAGAGUGAUUUCUCCGGCGAACAUGGAGAGAUUAUCAAUAGCUUUCUUCGUGUGUCCUUAUCUGGAAACCGAGAUCGAAUGCUUGGGGAUUCCAAAGAAGUACAGAAGAUUCAGUUUCAGAGAGUAUAAAGAGCAGAGUGAGCGUGAUGUUAAAGAAACUGGUGAUAAG